UGCGGUUGCGGAAGAUGACUCUCUCUCUCUCUCUCUCUCUCUUUCCCCAUUGCUUAUUGCUUUCUGAGUUUGAACCCAAUACAACUCUCUCUAUCUCUCUCUCAACGCUCCAAUUCCAAAUCCCCGUAAAAGUGGAACAAGAUCCCAAUCUCUCUUAAUCAUCAACGGAAAAAGUAGGAAAAAUAGUUCUUGGGAAAUUCCAUCUCAACGACUUCAUAAUACAAUGAAUCACCUAUGUUCAUAACCGCAAACCUCUAUAUUUCUUUUCUUUUUCUCUAAGUGAUAAAGUUGUGGGUUUUUAUUUGGUUGGCUCGCCUAGCAAGGCUGGGCGUUUUUUUCCCCCUCUUUGGCUGGCCAGAGGCAGAAGCAAUUCUGGGUCUUCAGUUCUUUUGAGGGUUGAAGUUGCGCAUUGGAUUCUUGUUAGCAUUAUUAAAAAGCCUUCUGAUUCCAGUUUGGUUUUAACUUCAAAUUACAUAUAGAGAAAAUUUGGGCUUGGUUAUCUAGGAUCAGUACAUAGAUUUUCGAGGUAAUAUAACAGUAGGAAUUGUUUUGGUGGGGUCAUUUGUUUAUAAUUUAGUCAGAAAGUUAGGCAGAAGGUUGGAGUUUGGUUUAGGUUUGAAUAGGUGAAUUUUCAAUGGCAGGGGAAAAUCUUGAUGUGGUGAACAUUGAUCUCAAUGUGGGACCUCUUGAUAAUGCAAGUGAUGGUGGUGAGCAAGGAUCUGGAACUUAUACUAAUGUUUUGAUGAACUUGGACAAUUGGUUGCCUGUUCCGAGGGCCAGGGGAAUUUUCAGGCAUAGGAGCCGAAGACGGUCCUUGGGGAGGCAACUUCCCGUCCAGCCUGAAACAAGAAACCUGGGACGGGAAUUAAUUGGAGGAAUGGAACAGCAGACGGGUGAGGGUAGUGUUACUACUGAGGAAAGGCCUAUUGAAUUGACAAAAGUGUUGGAGAAUGGCAAUGCUUAUGUGGAAAAUGACGGUAUUGAUAAGAAGGAUGAUGAUGGGAAAAAUAAUGGUGAAGAAAGUAGCUUUUUUGAUUGCAACAUAUGCUUGGAUUUGGCCAGGGAUCCUGUUGUUACUUGUUGUGGUCAUUUAUUCUGCUGGUCCUGUCUUUAUCGGUGGUUGCAUCAUCACUCAGAUGCCAAGGAAUGUCCUGUUUGCAAGGGGGAGGUCACGGUAAAGAAUGUGACCCCGAUUUACGGGCGGGGUAAUGAUAUGCAGGAGCCAAAUGUGGAUUGCAAUCUGAUGAAGAUUCCUGUCAGGCCCCAGGCCCAGCGUGUUGAGAUCUGGAGCCGAACUCUUGGGAUUUCUACUGGAGUCGAGCAGGCUGAGAGCAGGGUUCGAACUCAUGAGGUGGAUGAUGUACUGGAGCUCAUGGGUGCAUUUGUUUCAAGAUGGAACAGAGAACACACUCCUCAAGUGCCGUCUGAUGGUGCAGUCGGCUUAACUGAAAGCAGCCCGCCUAAUGACGAGGCCACGGAUAAUGGCCAGCUUUCAUCAAUGUCACGUAUUAGCAGAAGGAAUUCUCUUGUAGCAGCUACAUUUUCUGACCUUACAUCUGGCGUAAACUCUGCUGGGAGCCCAGCUGCUGAAAGAUUUGUCGAAUCCCAUUUUGUCAGCAAUCCAUUACGAAGAGGUCGGCCUCGUUCUGAUGAUCAGGAUUCUAUAUCCAGUAUUGCUGGUAUUAUACACUCUGACAGCCAAACCGUGGACAAUACAGCUGAAAUCGACUCCAUACUAGCCCGUUUUGAUUAUUAUUCAAGAAGAGACGAUGCAGCAAGAAUUUCAGAUGUUGAUAGUGGCGAUUCCGGUGCAUCUAGGAGGCGGAGAUUGAACUGAAUCAAGACACUCAUAGGUUUAGGGAAAACCACAAGAACCUAGACAUCUUAGGCACGUUUAAAGUACCUUUUAUCUAGUCGCUUCGUAUCGGAUCUUGCAAGGCAUUACAUCCUUGCUACAUUCUGUAAACUCUAAAAACCUUUCAAAUUUUCAUCACUAGAUUAAUAGUUGAAUCUAUAAAUAAACCUUGUCCUGUGAAUCUGCUUAGAUGAUCUCUUGAGUUUUGAUCAUUUCAGACACAUGGUUUCAUCCGAAAAUUGCAAAUACUA